UGUGAGGGGAUUACAAAGUUUCAAACUUUUUUUCUCGGAAUUUGAGAUUUUAGGGCUAAAAAUUGGAUUUUGGUGAUAUACAAGUUACUAUUGCGGAGAAUCCGCGACUACCCGAAGCUGUCGGAGAGAGAUACGGAGACAGAGAUGACGAAUGGUUGGUCAAAAGUAUCCAUUGUUGUGUUGUUCAGUUCACCACUGAAUCGAAAUUUUCUAUUUUGGGGGAAGAGGAAUUUUUGAAUCCCUAAUUUAGGAAUGCCGCAGAUUUCUUUAGUACUGAGAAUGAGAUCCUCCAAGAAUUCAGAGGCUAAGAUUGUAGUGAAUCGAGAGAUUGAUAUCGUUAGAUACGGAGAUCUGCAAAAACUAGGGUUCUUAAGCUUUGUAACCGAUGAAGGCUCAGAAGGGAAACUCAAAGAAGAAAAGUUCGAAUUCUGGGUUAGUAGCUGUGGCAGUGGAUAAUAAUAAAGGAAGCCAACAUGCUCUCAAAUGGGCAGCUGAUAAUCUUGUCUCCAAAGGACAAACCAUUAUCCUCCUCCAUGUUAUCCUUAGAUCAUCAUCUGAUUCAGGUGAUAAUACAGAGAAACAUAAGCAAGCCGAGAGUCUUUUUGUGACAUUCCAUUGCUACUGCAGUCGAAAAGAGAUACAAUGCCUUGACGUCACACUUGAGGAUGACAACAUAGUCAAGUCCCUUGCGGAAUAUGUUUCAUCUGGCGUCAUUGAAAAUUUGGUUCUUGGUGCCCCGUCAAGGCAUGGAUUCAUGAGAAAAUUUAAGAUUUCUGAUACACCGAGCAACGUAACAAAGGCAGCACCUGAUUUCUGUACAGUUUACGUCAUUUCGAAAGGGAAGAUAUCAUCCGUCCGCUAUGCAACACGAGCUGCUCCAUAUCGGUCUCCUCUUAUCGGUCAAAUUGAAAACCACUCUGAAAUAUGUAACUACGAAAAGUUCAGGAACACCAUGAGCUUUAGAGAUAGGACUCCAGCAAGGUCUUCGACUGCCAGCUCCAUUGAAGACUAUGGAAAAUCACCUUUGGCGAGAACACCAAACUACGCAAACUCAUUCUAUGAUUUGUCAGACUCGGAGAACGACAUAUCAUUUGUUUGCUCAGGCAGGCCAAGUACCACAAGCUCAGGCCGGCGAAGUACCGCAAGCUCAGGCCGGCCAAGUACCACAGGCUCAGGCAGGCCAAGUACAAGUACCGGAAGGUCUGACAUAUCUUUUGUGAGCUCAGGCAGGCCGAGUACAAGCACUACUGGAAGCCCUUCCUUUUUCUACGACUUUCCUGAUUCUGGUUUAACUCCAAGAAUGUCAACAAGCUCUGGACACUCUAUGCGUCUAGGAAUCAGGUUUAAUGACACCAAUAUCCAACAUGAUUUCUCAUUCGUCUCGCAAGAUAGCGGUCGGUCAUCUUGUUCUUGUUCACCACAAAACUUGGAAGAAGUGGAAGCUGAGAUGAGGAGAUUGAAGCAGGAACUGAAACAAACAAUCGACAUGUAUGGAUCAGCUUGCAGAGAAGCACUAGCAGCAAAGCAAGAGGCAAAGGAGCUCCAACGACAGAAAAUGGAAGAGGAAGGAUGGGUGCAAGAAGGACAGUUAUCGGAGAAAUCUACCAAGUCAAUAGUGGAAAAAGAGAGAGCAAACAAAGCUGCCAUGGAGGCCUCCGAAACAGCAAGCAAGAUAGCAGAUCUCGAAACACAAAGAAGAGCCAUUGAAGCUGCAGGUUCUCUCUCGGAUUCCAAUUUAAGAUAUCGGAGGUAUGUUAUUAGUAAGAUUGAAGAAGCCACUAACUCAUUUGACGAGGCUAAUAAGAUAGGCGAAGGUGGGUAUGGCCCUGUUUAUAAGGGUUAUCUUGAUCAUACCCCUGUUGCUAUAAAAGUUUUGAGACCAGAUGCAGCUCAAGGAAGAUCUCAAUUUCAAAGAGAGGUGGAAGUUCUUAGCUGCAUAAGACAUCCACAUAUGGUGCUACUUAUUGGAGCAUGUCCAGAGUUUGGAGUGCUUGUUUAUGAGUAUAUGGCCAAAGGCAGUUUAGCUGACAGGCUCUAUAAAUAUGAAAACACGCCACCACUCUCGUGGGAGCUCAGGUUCCGUAUAGCAGCCGAAGUUGCGACGGGUCUGCUCUUCCUACACCAGACGAAACCAGAGCCUAUAGUGCACCGUGAUCUGAAACCCGGAAACAUUUUGAUUGACCAGAACUACGUAAGCAAAAUCGGGGAUGUUGGAUUAGCUAAACUAGUGCCUGCAGUUGCUGAAAACGUCACGCAGUGCCUCGUCACUUCAACUGCUGGGACUUUCUGUUACAUUGACCCGGAGUACCAACAAACUGGAAUGCUCGGUGUGAAAUCUGAUGUCUACUCCUUUGGUAUCUUGCUUCUCGAACUGCUCACUGCGAAAAGACCAACGGGUUUGGCUUAUACCGUUGAGCAAGCGAUGGAGCAAGGCACAUUUAAGGACAUGCUAGACCCAGUAGUGCCUAAUUGGCCUGUGGAAGAAGCUCUGUCGUUGGCAAAGGUUGCACUUAAAUGCGCACAGCUGAGAAGGAAAGACCGGCCAGACCUCGGAAAAGAGGUUUUACCAGAGCUCAAUAAACUGAGAGCUCGUGCAGAUGCGAAUAUGGAUUGGAUGAUGUUCAACUUAAGUAGAGGUCUAACACCAAAUCAUAGCCAAGUCUCCUUGCCAACUGUCGAUGAACUGAGCAUAUGCUCGGAUAGCUCUAAUGCACAUUCAAGCACUUUAUCGGACACAGAGAAGAACUCAGACCCAAAUGAAGAGUGACACUAUUUGCCGAAAGACAUGGAGUGAGGCCAUUCUUGUCUUCUUCUUAGUUUUUGUAAACAUGGCCACUAAUGUCUUUUUAGUUUGUUUAAAGCUAUAUAUGUAAUAAUGAAAGUUGUAUGUACACAUUAUAUAACUCGUAAGUCGUAAAAGAAGAAAACAAUAGAGGAGAAAAGUUGAGUCGGGC